AUGAUUAACAUUAUUGAUUCAAAUUUAAAUACUUUAUCAAAACUCAACCUUUAUUAAGAAAAACUUGAUUUAAUUAUGAAAUAAAAUGGUGAUUCCGAAUAAUCUAUAAAAGAUUUAUAAGAAUUAAUUGAUGAUGGACCAUUGCCUAAACUAGGCAAAAUUACAAAAAAAUAGGAAGAAAUAGGCAAUUUUGCUAUUGGAUCAUGUUAAUGUUUUGUUGAUGUGCAAUAUGUGCUUUUAGUGGUCGGGUAACCAAUCCCUAAUAGAAUGCUCUAAUUUUAAGAAGGAAUUACGGGAUAUGUUAUGUUCCGGGGAAAGGUAUUAAAAUGAUUUAGAACUUUGGGAUAAAGUAAAACGAAUAAUAUGGCAUAUUUGCUUUACAGGUAUUGAUGAAGCUAUUCAUUUAGGUGGAAAUACUUUGUAUCAUAAUAAAAGUUGGAGUAAAUUUAUUUUUGAAAAAAUCCUUAAUACUACAAUUGCGAAAGGUUAAAAUAGUAGUUGUUUGA